CUUUAACUAACCUUCUUUCUCUUCACUUUUACUUUCACCUCACAAUGCACACAAGAGAAAGAAGAACUCCUUCCUUCUCCUCUUCUCUCCUCGACGCCAUUUGCCAUUCCAUUGACCACUCAAAAUCCAACCUUCAUCAGGAUCAACCACCUUCUCUCUUCGAUCACAACACCUUCCAAAAACCUCGCAAUAAAGACAGAAUGAAUCUUCGCCGGGCGGUCAUGCUGGAAGAUUGGAUGGACAAACAUACUUCUCAUUCCCGUUCCCUGAGUUCUCAGUUUCUCAACUACAGUUCAAGCUCCUCAGAAUGCAGCUCUGGGGGGAUAUUUUCCUCUUCGGAAACCGACACGACAACCUUGAAGAAACAAAGACCAAGACCCACAUCGGAGAAGAAGAAACAAGACCAUAGGGUUUCCGAGAAGCAGAAUAAAGAGGGUGGUUUCGCAAGGACCAAGUUGCGGGCUUUGAAAAUUUACGGCGAAUUGAAUCAGAGAGUGAAGCAACCCAUUUCACCGGGGAGUAGAAUCGCUAGCUUCCUUAGCUCCAUCUUCAACUCCCAGAACGUGAAGAAAGCCAAAAUGUGUUACGUUGGGGCUGUUGAAGAUGUUAGCUUUGAACACAAAUCAAAGUCCCCGUGUUUCUCUUCCACUCCUUCUUCCUUCUCGAGAAGGUCUUGCAUGAGCAAAACAUCCUCUUCGGCUAAAAAAUCCAACACCAAUGGGGUCAAAAGAUCCGUGAGGUUUUACCCCGUUAGCGUAAUCCUAGGCGAGGAUUCUGAACCCCAACCUAGUUAUCACAAAUGUAGCAACAUUUAUGAGAGUGAGCCUAAUUUCACUGUGAGGAAGAUCACCAGAAGUUCUUCGAUAAAGGAGCUAAAGAACAGUGUUCGGGGAGAAGAAAAUGGAGCUGAAGAAGCAGCAGCGCGUGGUUUCGUAAAAGGUUAUCGAAAUUCUGGUAAGGGUGAGUUUAAUUUUAGAGGCUUUUAUGGAAAUGAGGAUGGCGACGACGACGACGACGAAGAAGAAGAAGAUGACGCGAGUUGUUCAAGUUCAGAUUUGUUUGAGCUGGAUCAUCUUAUUGGAGCUGCAAGGUACCAAGAAGAACUUCCUGUCUAUGAAACUACCAAUUUGGAAACAAAUAAAGCCAUUGCGAGUGGUCUAUGUUUGUAGUUUAGUUUAACAACACAUAAUUGUAAUUAUUUUCCAUAGUUUGUGGAGUUGAUGAAUUUUUUUAAAAAAUAUUGUUCUCUUUUUGGUGUUGUUAGCUACCAUUAAGUGUGAUAUUUGCUGAGUUGAGAUUCUGAUAUAGGCUUUAUGCAUGGUUUUGGAUUGAAUUGGAAAAUGGAUAGAAUUGUGAGAGUUAGAGAGAAAGAUAGGUAGGUGGGUAGCUCAUGUUCACUCGCACAACUUGUCAAAGCAAACUAAGACAAACUGAAAAGAGAAAAGUAAAAGUAGAUUCAUUUUUUUUUCCUACCCGAUGAGAAAAGAAAAGUUAAAAAAGCUUAACGCUUUUCCACUGGGUUAGCACAUGGCCUCACUGAGACAUGGUAAAAAUCUCCACCACUUUAACGUCAUAGAAGAUUUAAAUAAAUGAUUACAACUCACUACUUUUUGCGCGUUUGAAAUCCGCGAUUACAGAGUGAUUUUGAACUGAUAUUC